AUGCGUUUUUUCAGGGCGCGGCCGAAGUUGUGCAAGGAGGAGGAGGACUCGUCGACGACGUGCGACCUGUGCCAGGUGAAGGAGGUGUGGACCAGGCAGCAGCUGGAGAGCCACGUGCGGCGGCACCUGCGGGAGCGGUCGCGGGUCGGCCGGCCGCGCAAAUACCCCGUCGGCAACGGGCCCUUCCCGUGCAGCCUGUGCGAGAAAGUGUUCAAGCACCAGGGCCAGGUCAAGAUCCACAUGCGGCUGCACACGGGCGAGCGACCGUUCGCGUGCGGCCAGUGCGACAAGGCGUACGCGACCAGGAACCGCCUCAACCUGCACGUCAAGCGGACGCACAUGGUGCUGAAGAAGGAGCACAGCUGCGAGGUGUGCGGCAAGUUGUUCGAGAACCACAGCACCCUCAUGUUCCACCGCAAGAUCCACUUUCCGGACUCGCGCACCGAGAGGUGCGAGGUGUGCGGCUGGAGCACGUACAGCAAGGGCAACCUGAAGAAGCACAUGGCCACGCACGCCACCGACCGGCCGUACGUGUGCGACGAGUGCGGAAAACGCUUCACCGAGAAGUUCAUCCUGCAGAAGCACAGGGAGGUGCACCGGCCCGACCGCCAGGUCUUCAAGUGCCACCUGUGCGAAAAGACCUUUUCCACGCAGCACUCGCUCAAGAACCACGUCAAGCGGCACCAGGGCCUGCUCAACUACGAGUGCGACCUGUGCGACGCGGCCUACUCGCAGAUCAACUACCUGCUCAGGCACAAGUGGGAGAAGCACAAGGUGAUGCCCUACAAGUGCGACGCCUGCGACAAGGGCUUCACGCACCUCCGCCUGCUCAAGAACCACUCCAUCGAGGAGCACUACCGCACCGACCCCAACCUGCCCGAACUCAACGACCAAAAACCUCCGCAGUUUUGA